AUGGAGGAAUUCGAAGGUAUCACUGACCAGCUAAAGGCUCUCUUUGCGCAGCAUUUCCAAGUCGUCGCAACCCACUCUCAACGGCAAGACCAGUGGUACAAGAGGUCUUAUCAGUCCUUCGCAGCAGAACAUGGCAAUCGUGAGCCACUUAUUCUUGUGCCACGAGAAUCCCGAGAAGAAUGGGUUCCCCCCGUCCGCCGUUUCGCCAAAACGCUGGCUGCUAAAGUCAUAGCCGCAGGCGAAGCUCAGACUUCUCAACCGAGAGAUGUCGCCUCAGACACGAAGCUCUUCUCAGACAAAGUUCUCGAUGCGAUUCAUACAGUACCUCUCAGUCGAGCUGUUAGAGGGAAAGAUCAGCUGCGACCAGUUGCGAUGCAGAUUACGCGUUGGACAUCAACAAACUCUUAUGUAUUCAGCGGCACCGAACGGACCACGGGCAUCAAAGGGCUUAUCGCAUGUGGAGAAGUGGAUGUACUGCUGCGAUUGGCAACGCUGCCACAGACACAUCCACCGAAAGAGCGUGAUAUAGAUCCUUCGCGGUGGAGACACCUGAACAGAGACUGGCAGGAGGUUAUCGAUGCUAUCCUCUCCAUUAUGUGGUUCCUCGGAGCUAUAGAUUCCUUCUCUGAAGACUUCGUCUCGGAAGAUGGUUACAAGUACUGGGUACUCGUAGCAUUCAACAGCUACCUUUCGCGCUUCCAACCAUAUAUCCAGGCCCACGAUGACAAGAUACUAAAGACGACCGAGGUAAUCCAGAAAGAGAUAUACCAGUGCAUCGAGGCGUUGGUUGCGGCUCAAGUAUUUUCAUUAGAAGCUGGUUUCGAUCCUAUCCAGUGGGAAGACCGCAUCAUGGACGGCUUCCUCUACAUACUGGGGUUUGAGGCUUGGAAUAGAAGCAGAGAAGGAGCAGGCUAUCUCAACUGUGAUCUGAAUGUCACCAAGACUGCAAAGUCUCUUCGCAGUGUCAGCCAUGGGGAGGAGGGUGGCGAUGUAGAAGAGGCUGCACAAAGCAAGAGGGUUACUCCAAAGUAUAAGGACCCUCUCAAACUGAGGGAGCCAAAGAAGGAGAUGGUCUCUGAGUCAAGUGAAGGUGAGCAAGAGGAAAUUGAGAAGCUUGCUGCUCUGGAGGCCAUGGAGAACGAAUAUGGACGAAAAAGAAGCGCGAAGUACUUGCCUAAACAUAAGCAUUGA